CAUUUUUAUAGUAUCACCUAAACAUUUUUUUUUAUUGUCGUUUGCAAACAUUUUUCUCUUUCUAUUUGACCGAAAAUGGGUCUUCUUCUUCUUCUUCUCCGCAUUCUUCUGGGGAUUGGCCUCUUUAAGGGAAUGCUCCUCUUCAGCUUGGUUGGUGCAGACGUUCAUUACUAUGACUUUGUUACAAAGAGCAUGGUUGUGGUGAAUGAGAGCUUUCCAGGAUCUGUGAUUCAUGUUAGGAAAGGCGAUACUGCAUACAUUGAUGUCCACAACCAAGGACCUUAUGGUGUCACCCUCCAGUGGCAUGGAGUGAAGCAACACAGAAAUCCAUGGUCUGACGGUCCAGCUUAUGUGACUCAAUGUCAAGUUGAGCCCAACACAAACUUUACUUAUGAGGUGAUUUUUAUUUCGGAGGAUGGAACCCUUUGGUGGCAUGCUCAUAGUGACUGGACGAGGAGCAGUGUCCAUGGUGCCAUUGUGAUCCACCCUACGGAAGGAACCACCUAACCUUAUGGUGAAGAGAUCAUAACACUCGGUACAUACCACAUUAAUUU